GAGAGGAUGGAGCAGCCCCUCACCUCCACCCUGCACCUGAGCCGCCCUGCGGGAGCGCAAGGGCAAAGAGCGAUGGAGGCCUUCAGUCCCCCCAGGCGGCCCCAGGAGGAGGAGGUGUCCUCCGGGCCAGGCGCCCCCGGCCCGGCCCUCGGAUCUCCAGGCUGUGGGCCGGGUGUGGCGGAAGGGGCCGCCCCGGAGGCCCCCAGGAGAGCCGAGAGCCAAGGACUUGCGGAGCAGCAGCGAGAGCAACUGGUGGAGCAGCUGAAAGCCGAGAGGAGGGACAGGCGGAGGGAACAUGAGCUGGCGCUGAGAAGGAUAGCAGACGACCGGCGACAUCUCCAGGCGAAGGCCCAGUUGAGCCAGGCCUUGCCAGUCCAGCCGCCUGCGGCCCCGUUUGAGAAGAAGGUCCAGCAGCUCCCCCGGGAUGGGCAGUGCCUGCUCACGAUCCGCCUCCCUGCAGGGGACUCGGUGCGCGAGAGUUUCCCAGCGGACUCGUCCCUCGAGGGGGUACGCCAGCACCUCCUGUCUCAACACCCGGGGCUGUCGCCGACCUUCUCCUUCCUGCAGAGCUUUCCCAAGCGCCGUUUUGGUCCGGCUGACCUGCCCCACACCCUGCAGGCUCUCGGCCUGACCCCCAGCGCCACCGUCUGCAUAGUGGAUCUGGUGCCUGGGCUCCCGGCCUCUGAGCAGCCCCUCCUCAGGCCCACCCCUGAAGCCCCCUCUGAGGGGCCCGGGCAGCAACCUGUGGCGGGGGAGAGGGCCUCCGCCCAGAAGCGGGGAGAGGCAGAGCCCCCGCUCUCUUCCCCAGCACAGAGGGGGGCUCCAGGGGACCCCUCCAGAGCGCACGGCCGUGGGGAGCCCGACCAUCCUGUCCACCACCACUGGGGGCGAGGCUGUAAGCUGGACUCCGAGGUGCCCAUGGAGCAGAGCUCUGGGGCAGCCACCCGGCAGACGGUGCCCCUGGAGGAUCUGCCAGGUUUCAUGCCUCUUCCAGAACGCGCUGCCAGAGAACUGCGUGGGCACCCGUGGCCCGUGGAAGGAGGCAACCGGCUGAGGGAAGCCGACGGGAGUGGGGCUGAGUCCCUGGCGCUGCCUCUGGCUGUGGCCCAGGCAGCCGAACAGCGCCUCCAGCAGGUGGCCUCUCAGGGCGCAAAGGAGGAGGAGGAGGAGGAAGAGAGGUGGCAGGGCAUGCCUGGCCUCACGACUCCCCCAGGGUGCCUGCCUCCGCGUGUGCUGUCGCUCUUCCAGCUGUCUCUGCGGGGGACCCUGGCCCUCCUCACAGCUCCCAGCAAGCAGUACUGCAGCAGCCUCGCUGCCCUGACACCUGGACUGGCCGAGCAGCUGCUGGCGGCCAUGAUCCAGCAGAGCCUCCUGACCCCGCGCAACCUGCGCCUCUUCUUCGGCUGCCCCCUGCAGAAGCUGUGCCUGGACUGCUACCCCUACGCGACCAAUGAGCUGCUGCGCCAGCUGCGGGCUUUCCCCAGCCUCCGCCACCUUAGCCUUCUGGCCUGCUCCGUCAUCACAGACCAGGGCCUCUGUGUGCUCCAGCACCUCUCCCGCCUCCAGCAGCUCAACCUCUCCGCCUGCACGAAACUGACAGACCACUGCCUGCAGUUCCUGAGAGGGCUUCCCCACCUGUCACAUCUGGCGCUGGACCAGACACACAUCUCGGACCAGGGCCUGGCAGAGUUCCUGCUCUCAGCGCCUCCCACGCUCACGCAUUUGAGCCUCAACCAGACAGGCAUCACGGAAAGCACCCUUGGCCUCCUGCCCCAGUAUGCCCGCAACCUCUGUGUGCUCAGCAUCAAGCAGACGGCCGUUACAGAUGUGUCGGCGCUGAGGCAGCUCGAGGCUCUGCAGGCGCUCCACCUGGAUGGCACCCGGGUGGCCGAGCCCGCUCUCCGGGCCUUGGCCUCGCACCCCACCCUCUCCCGCCUGACGCUUUCGGGAGCCCAGUCCCUUGACAGCGACCGGGCCCUGGAGAUCAUCUCAGGCCUCCCGCUGGUGCAGUUCUCCCUGCCGAGGCGGCAGACGGUCACCGAUGCGGGCUUGACGGCCUUGUGCCACCUGGGGGGCCUCCUAGAGCUGGACCUGUCAGACUGCAGCCGCGUCACCGACCUGGGGCUGCAGCAUCUUGCUCAUCUGCGCAGGCUGCGCCGCCUCUCCCUCUGCAACACCCUGGCCACGGACAGCAGCCUGCAGCCCGUGGGGAGCCUGCAGCUUCUGGAGGAGCUGUGCUUGGACCGCCUCCGUGUCUCCAGCCUGGGGGUGGCGCGCUGCAUCACCAGCCUCCCCCACCUGCAGGUGCUGAGUCUUGCCAGCACACCCGUUGGGGACACAGUCGCCAGGCUGGGCAUCGCUCGCUGCCCGCAGCUGCUCAAGGUGAACCUGAGCCGCACCCGCCUCACGGACCGAGGGCUUCGCUUCCUCCACCAGGCGCCCCUUGUCCAGCUCAACCUGGACGGCUCAGGAGUGACGGCUCCGGGUGUCGCCGCCCUGCAGGCCGCCUGCCCUGCCCUUGGCAGCAUCCGGGCCUCCCACUUGCGCACCCUGGCCCGGGAGGAGGUCUCUGAUGAAGAAGGAUCCAGCUAGGCCAGGGCGGUGAGCCCCUGCCCCCGCCCCCACCCCUGGGCCCGGUGGGUACCCAGUGUCCCCCCCCCUGCUUGGGGGGGGGAGGGCUUUCCCAGCUUCCCUCUGCUUUGGUUGCCCUCGAGGGCCAGACAAAGUCCAGGCUGGUUCCCUGCAGAGCUGGCUCGCCAGAGAGGCAGGCGGCCAUCAGCGAGCGCCUGGGCAUCCCCUGUGAGGGAUCUCGGGCACCGGCAGGAACGGGGCAUGUUCUGUGGUCAAGAAAUCCAGGCUUUUUGUUGCGUGACGUGCUCAUUCCCACCUCGACACCGUCCCAACGUUGGCGAAAACGCUCCCUGGGGGCUGACUGAAGCUGGACACGGUGCUUGCGGCAAGACUGAUCAGAGCCUGGAAGAGAGUUUGAGGAAGAACCAACUGGUUGCAGGAGAUGCGGCAGAAGGAAAGACCCUGGGAGGCCAUCCCUGGGGCAGCCGGGCGGGUGAGGGCAACCGAGCGGAGCGCAUCCAGGCCCUGGCCUCUGCCUGCCAUUUGUGCCUUAAGACUUGCAAUAAAAAGAACAAAGAGUCUUUUUCA